GUCUCAUCACUUCCCACUUUCCUCUCUGCAUUUGUUGUCUCUCUCUCCUGAAAACCCUUGAAUUUUGCUACACGAUCUCUGAAACGUGUCUCUUUGACUGACUUCAAUCUUCUUUAUCACUUACCGUUUCUGGGUUUUAUGAAGCAACUGAGCUAAUAAAAAGCUUCUUCUUAGACUCGGAAGAAGAUAAAAAACAGAAUCUUUAUUGUUUAAAGCUUCCAAAUUCGAGAAGAGAAUUUGAAACGACCAAGUUCAGGAUAUUCGUUUCUUCGUCUACUUUGGUCUCUUCCUCUUCUCUUUCGAAAAGGGUUUAUUCUGUCUUAAAAGAAACCUUUUUGAGAGGGUAAAAAAAGCUUCAAUUUUCAGAGAAACACAAAAGGCAGAAACAGAGAAAAACAAAUCAUCUAAUUCAUGAAACAGGGUUCAAUGAAUAGAUCGUGUCUCUGUAGUGUCUUAAUCACCACUGCUCUGAUUUGUGGUGCUUACUUCAUUUGCAAUGCUUAUCUUGCUAAAGACUUUAAAGAGAAGUUGCUGAAGUGGGAAAUCACUGAUAAGAUGCAUAACAGUACUGAUAAGAUGCAGAAUGCAACAACAACCAGUACAUGCAAGAAUUUCAAUAAGCCAGUGGGUACUGAAGCACUACCGCAAGGAAUUAUCGAGAAAACAUCGAACCUGGAAACACAACAUCUAUGGAACUACGAUGACACAAAAAAGAGAAGGCCUAACCAUUCGAUGAGUUUGUUAGCCAUGGCGGUCGGUAUCAAGCAAAAGGAGCUAGUUAACAAAGUUAUCCAAAAGUUUCCUCCUCGAGAUUUCGCGGUCAUGCUUUUUCAUUAUGAUGGUGUUGUCGAUGACUGGAAGCAGUAUCCAUGGAAUAAUCAUGCGAUUCAUGUUUCCGUGAUGAAUCAAACAAAAUGGUGGUUCGCCAAGCGAUUCUUGCAUCCCGAUAUAGUUGCAGAGUACGAGUAUAUAUUUCUUUGGGACGAAGAUCUUGGUGUUGGUCAUUUCAAUCCUCAACGAUAUCUAUCUAUUGUCAAAGAAGAGGGGCUUGAGAUAUCGCAACCUGCUCUUGACACUUCAAAAUCAGAAGUGCAUCAUCCUAUAACCGCUCGUCGAAAAAAAUCAAAAGUUCAUAGAAGAAUGUAUAAAUACAAAGGUAGCGGGCGAUGUGAUGACCAUAGCACCAAUCCUCCUUGCAUCGGGUGGGUGGAAAUGAUGGCACCUGUUUUCUCUAGAGCUGCAUGGAGAUGUUCUUGGUAUAUGAUUCAGAAUGAUUUGAUCCAUGCUUGGGGUCUGGAUACGCAGCUUGGUUAUUGUGCUCAAGUUUGUUUCUUCUUCUAACUUGUUUUGAUAAGCCCUUACUUCCUUCAUUGUACGGUUUUUACUAACAUGUUCUUGGUUGCGGAUAGGGUGACCGAAAGAAAAAUGUCGGUGUUGUUGAUGCGGAGUACAUAAUUCAUUAUGGUCUUCCAACGCUCGGUGUGGUUGAAACCGCUUCAAGCGCUUUGCGGAAUGAGACAGACUCGAAAUCAACGGAAUCAUUAGAGUCUCGUGAAGUGGAUAAUAGACCAGAAGUGAGGAUGAAAUCAUUUGUGGAGAUGAAGAGAUUCAAGGAACGUUGGAAGAAAGCUGUGAGGGAUGAUACAUGUUGGGUUGAUCCGUAUUGAAAUCCGAGCGGUUUAAGUAAACCGAAUCAAACCGGAUUCUUUUCCUUGUUGAGUGUGCUUUGUGGUCCAUUGUAUACCAUUAUUUUGGUACAUAGAUUUUGUUUUACUUCGAGAAAAAUUAGUGUAUUUAUGUGUUUUAUGGACCACAGUGUAGAUUUAACAUUUUGGAGCAUUAUACAAAAGUGUUUUUGUGCUAGCAAAUAUUUGAAGAUUAUAAUAAAUACAUAAAUAUACAGAAGUGUUUUUGUACUAUCUUUUAUUUUAG